UCGGCAACAUCGUCUGUUUACAUUAGCAGCUGUCGCCUGUACGAACCUCGGUCGCUGAGCGGAAAAAACCUUCUCCGUCCUCUGGAAAUAGAGAGUAAAGCUUGACAUUACCUCCGAGGGAUUGUUUGAGAUACCACAGAGGCUCGGUAAACCACAGGAGAUCUAUCGUUGUUUCUUCUGGCCCUGCGUGGGAGAGGCGUGAUACCGCACGUGGUGUAACUGCAGCAUCAACACAAUCGUCCAGGAUGGAAGUGUUAAAUUGUAAAGGAGCUGUUCUGAGCAACUGUGAGGUUUAUGCUCUCCUGCAGGAUUUGUGUAGGCAAGAAAAAGGCAGAAAAAAUAUGAUGAAGACCCAAGCAGACCUUGCCAAUAUUGCAUUUGAAACCAUGAAAUACCUUGAAAAAACAGCAUGCAGAAAUCAAAAUGCUGAAGUAAUACAAGGUUUCCUACAAGCUGUGAAAGAAUUCAAACUCACCAAAGCAGAAAAAUUACAGUUAAUCAACUUGCGGCCAACAACACCAGUGGAAAUGCAGCUUAUAAUUGAAGACAGCGAAGAAAGACUGAGUGAAGAACAAGUCGAAGAGUUAAUUGGGCUGGUAGAGCUCCAUUUGCCAGACAUUGAUAACCCUCAAACAUUAGUAAAUGGUACACCAGGGAAAUAGUUGUUGCUGUCUGUUUUCUUUUCUUUUAUUAUUGUUAUUAUUAGAUGGAUAUAAAGCCAAUAUAAGGAGCAUAGGAUGUUAUCACAUUUAAUUUAUUUAGUGAACUAGCUGUUACCAAAAUAAAUUAUUGAUUGUAUUUGAUGUUCUUGCCACUUGAGAGUAUUUAUGGAAAGGAAUUAUUUUGAAAGUGAGGGUGAUUAGACUACAGAAAAGAAAUUCUGUAUUAUAAUCUUUUAAAGUUGUAGACAUCUCUUUUUUUUUCUAUGUAUAACACUACUCUUAUAAGCAGAUAGGAUCUACAGCUUAUGAUUAUUGCAGUCUUGCAUGCAGUGUAGAAUACUUUCUUUUUUUGUCAUGGAAUUUAAUAUUUUAUACAUUGAUCUGUAUGCAACAACUAGCAAGAUGUUGCAGAUGCAGGGUCUUCGGCAUGAGGCACAAACUGAAUACUCACUACCAUUAAAGAGGAGUGAUAUAUGUA